UGUCUUGGUCGAACUGUAUAAUAUGUAACCAGUCGUAUUGCAUGCGUGUACAGAUACGUGCGCCAUAAUAUAUGUAUCCGUUUAUCCGUUUUAUUUUUAUUAAUUAUUUUUGUAAUUUAAACAAUUCUAAAAUCGUAUAAAUAAUACAGUCCACUACAUCAAUUAAAACGUGCGUAUUUAUAAUUUCAAUUCAUGGCGCAUAUGUAAUGAACAUCAGCCCAGAAAACGCAAAAUUUGGUCCAUCGGGCCGGAUACAUACCACGACAUUAAGUCAAAUGCUCAGUGGAAAUAACCACGCAGACCACAUAGUAUACGAAGUGGUUGACCUUGAAAGCGCAGAGUAGUAUACCGUCUCCGUCAACGGCGUGACAUCAGGUCAACGAGGUAACAGUCCAAAUAAUUUCAAGGUGCAACUUUAUUGGGCAUGCCAGCAUUCACUUCGGCUGUAAGGUAAUUGCAAGUAGAUGCAUCGCAUACACGCGAAAUCACAUGUUUUUUUAUUGUCAUAAAUCAUAAAUAUAGAUCUCGGUGUAGGUCGCGUGGAUUAAAUCAAUUGCAUCGAAAGCAUUUAUCCGGUAAGAUUAAUCUAAGUUAAUAAAUUAAUUUAAUAGGUUAGGCAUUAAGUAAAUCAUUAGUUAAGUUAAACAAACAUAUUGUUGAUUGUCGGGUCUUUUUCAUAAUUCCUUAUGCAUAAAAUUAUAACAGCAAGGAAUCAACAUGGAAGAGGAAGCGAAACAAAAAUUCGCAAAGUUAAUCGGCCGACAGGAUGUAUAUAAAGGUAUGACCACCAAAUUACAAAAAUACCUUGAAAGUUUUGACAAUAUACAAGAUAUGCAGCAAUUGCAAGUACGUCUGAGCAAGUAUGAAAAUGUAUGGCAGUCAUUUAUGGCAACACAAGAAGAAAUUGAGCUCCUAGGUCCAUUGAAAAAUCAAUUUAAUGAACGAGAAAGUUUUGAGAAUAAUUAUUAUAAACUAGCAAGCAGCAUAAAAACAUACAUAGAAGUGAAGACCAUUUCAACAAUACAGGAUGUUAAACACAAAUCCAUAACACGGAUAUUCAUGGCACCAAUGCUACUUCCAAAAUUUAACGGUGAUCCGACAAAAUGGUUGACCUUUAAAAAUAAAUUUGAAGCUCUAGUACAAAAACAUCUUAUCAAUUCAAAAAUUCCAUUACUUAAAAGACGCUUUUGAAGACACCAAGUAAUGUCAUCGAAUCAAUUACGAUAUUAGCAUUGAAUUACACGAUCGUAUGGAGUCUCGUGCAAGAACGUUACAAAAAUAAACAAUUCAUGAUAGAUCUACAUCUUAAUGGCAUUAUUUUGCAAAAUUGUGGCUCUAAACUUCUUACGCCAAACCGGUCCAGCAACGCUAAAAUGUCAUUGACCGCUUACUUGUAGACGAUAAUAUGACUCUCUAAGUAUGCCCUUAAUUUCUAUAAGAAAUAAAUCUCACAGUUCCAGAUUUUAAAUUCAGAUACAAUUCUCCAUUUCUGGUUCCUCGGAAUUCUAGUAACUUAAUUGUAAAUAGUCCAAAGUACCAACUCUUGAAAUAUUGUAAUAAU